UGUUUUAUUCUAGAGGUGGCAUGCAUCUUGGUAAAAAGUGAAAAAAUGGAUAACCAAUCUGCCAUCACUGAAUUUCUGCUCCUUGAAUUCUCAUCAAUCCGGGAACUGCAGAUUCUACACUUCUUUUUGUUCCUGGUAUUAUACCUGGCAAUUUUGUCUGGGAAUCUUCUCAUCAUCUCUGCUGUAGCAUUUGAUCAUCAUCUUCACACCCCCAUGUACUUCUUCCUGAUGACCUUGGCUGUGCAGGACAUAGGUUCAGUUUCAGUCACUAUUCCCAAAUCUAUCUUUAAUUCCCUCAUGGAUAUCAGACACAUUUCAUAUUCUGGAUGUGUUGCUCAAGUUCUUUUGUUUGUAUUCUUUAUAGGAUCUGAUUUUGCCCUCCUUACAGCCAUGGCAUAUGACCGGUAUGUUGCCAUUUGCAACCCAUUACACUAUGAAACGGUAAUAAGCAUGAGAUCCUGCAAAGAAAUAAUUGCCAUUGUAUGGAUCAGUAGCUUUCUCUAUGCAUUCCUGCACACUGGUGGGACUUUUUCAAACACUUUCUGCUCCAAUGUUGUCGACCAGUUCUUCUGUGAAAUCCCCCAUUUACUGAAGCUUGCCUGCUCUGAUUUAUACCUAAUUGAAACUGGAGUUGUUGUACUGAGUUUUAUUGUUGCGUUAGGCUGCUUUAUCCUCAUUGUGGUAAGCUAUACACACAUUUUCAGUGCUGUUAGAAAAAUCCCUACCAUUCAGGGAAGAAAAAAAGCUUUCUCAACUUGCCUACCCCACCUCAUUGUCCUCAGCAUAUUUUUAUUUACUGUAUCCUUUGCUUACCUCGGGCUCAACUCUAAGACACCAUCACAUCUAGAUAUAGCAUUUACCAUGAUAUAUUCCGUGUUCCCACCCUUCAUAAACCCAAUAAUCUAUAGCAUGAGAAACAAAGAGAUAAAAAAUGCUCUGUCGAAGUUGUUAGGUCUGAGACACCCAUGUAUGAAUAUCUUCUCCAGUCUUCUUCUGCACAGGUGA